AGCUGCGCGAACGGCUGCGGCCACCAGCCGUGGGGCUGAGCCCGGUGACCUUAACCUGCUCAGGAUUUUACUGCGAAUUUUAUUAGUGACUGAUUGGAGAGAAUAACAGAAAGGCCUGUGCUUCACGUGCGCGUUUGCCGCAGGGCCCGGACUUGCUCUUUUUUAUUGCCUGCAGCACGAUGUUUGUUCAGACUGGGCAUUGUGAAGUGUAAACCCAGGUCCCACUGGCACCAGCACUCACCUCUGCCUUUUCUAGAAGCAGAUCAGUCCAUAAUGCCUGAAGUGCGAGACCUCUCUGAUGCCUUGCCCGACUUGCCAAUGGAUCCCAUCACAGGUGUUGGUGUGGUUGCAUCCCGGAACCGAGCACCGACAGGUUAUGAUGUAGUUGCACAAACAGCAGAUGGCUUGGAUGCUGACCUCUGGAAAGAUGGCUUGUUUAAAUCCAAGGUCACACGAUACCUGUGCUUCACGAGAUCGUUUUCAAAAGAAAAUAGUCAUUUAGGCAACGUCUUGGUUGAUAUGAAGCUCAUUGAUAUCAAAGACACUUUACCUGUGGGCUUCAUCCCCAUCCAGGAGACCAUUGAUACACAAGAAAUAGCUUUCAGAAAGAAGAGACUGUGCAUUAAAUUCAUCCCUCGAGAUUCUACAGAGGCAGCGAUCUGUGAUAUCCGAAUCCUGGGUAGAUCUAAACAAGCCCCUCCUCAGUACACGUUCAUAGGAGAGUUGAACAACAUGGGCAUUUGGUACCGGAUGGGCAGAGUUCCACGCAACCAUGAAUCUUCACAGCCCGUGACUCCUCCUUCCCAAGUCCCAUCUUCGACACCAGCUCCUAACCUGCCAAGGCACAUCUCGCUGACCCUCCCUGCCAGUUUUCGAGGGAAAAGCCACAGCACUCGCCUGGACCUGGAGCACCAGCACUCGAACCUCUAUGCCAUCUCAGCAAUGGAUGGAGUGCCUUUUAUGAUUUCAGAGAAGUUUGCCUGUGCUCCUGAAGGGAUGCAGCCUGUUGAUCUCUUGGGCAUCACAAUCAAAACCCUUGCAGAAAUCGAAAAGGAGUACGAGUACAGCUUCCGGACGGAGCAGAGCGCGGCAGCCCGCCUGCCGCCCAGCCCCACGCGCUGCCCGCCCGGCCCCCCGUGCUGAGGCCCCGGCGCUGGAGCAGCGUGUGCGUGCGUACUACUGAGCGGGACGCGGUGCCGGGGCCGUCCCGGCAGAGCUCGGCCGUCGCCAC